AUGCRGUGCGCGGCGCUGCUCGGCCUCGUCGCCUGGGGCCUGUGCGGCGCGGCCGGGCCCGGCGGCGGCGGCGCCUCCCCGCCGCCCUGCCCGGCCUCCUGCAGCUGCGACGGCGACCGCGGCGUGGACUGCUCGGGCCGCGGCCUGGCCGCGCUGCCGCCCGGCCUCAGCGCCUUCACGCACGCACUCGAUAUCAGCAUGAACAACAUCACGAGGCUUCCUGAGGACGCCUUCAAGAACUUCCCUUACCUGGAGGAGCUGCGGCUGGCUGGCAAUGACCUUUCUUUUAUCCACCCGAAGGCCUUGUCUGGCUUGAAAGAGCUCAAAGUUCUAACCCUGCAGAACAACCAGCUGAAGACUGUACCUAACGAGGCCAUCAGAAGACUGAGUGGUUUACAGUCCCUGCGCCUGGAUGCCAACCACAUCGCGGCGGUGCCCGAGGACAGCUUCGAGGGGCUGGCGCAGCUGCGGCACCUCUGGCUCGACGACAACAGCCUCACGGAGGUGCCCGUGCGCCCGCUGGGCAACCUGCCCGCGCUGCAGGCGCUCACGCUCGCGCUCAACAGGAUAACCCGCAUCCCCGACUUCGCCUUCUCCAACCUCUCCAGCCUCGUCGUGCUGCAUCUCCAUAAUAAUAAGAUAAAAACAAUAGGAAAGCACUGUUUUGAUGGACUAGACAACCUUGAAACUUUGGAUUUAAAUUAUAACAACUUGGUGGAGUUCCCCGAAGCAAUAAAAGCACUCCCAAACUUGAAGGAGUUGGGAUUUCACAGUAACUACAUUUCCAUAAUUCCUGAUGGUGCUUUUGCAGGAAACCCCCUUCUAAGGACCAUACAUUUGUAUGACAAUCCCUUGUCUUUUGUGGGGAACUCAGCCUUUCAAAACCUCUCAGAUCUGCAUUCCCUGGUCAUUCGAGGUGCCAGCAUGGUGCAGUGGUUUCCUAACUUGACAGGAACCACUAAUCUGGAGAGCCUAACACUGACAGGGACCAAAAUCAGCAGUAUUCCCAUCAAUUUAUGCCAAGAGCAAAAGACACUGCGAACACUGGACUUGUCUUAUAACAACAUAAAGGAACUCUGGAGUUUUAAGGGCUGCCGUUCUUUGGAAGAAAUUUCCUUGCAGCAUAAUCAAAUCCAUGAAAUCGGAGACGAUACUUUCCAGGGACUCUCCUCCCUUCGUAUCCUGGACCUCAGUAGAAAUCGGAUYCACCAGAUCCACAAGGAAGCCUUCACUACCCUUGCAGCUAUCGUUAACCUAGACCUGAGCUUCAAUGAACUCGCUUCAGUCCCCACCGACGGCUUGGGCGGGCUGAACCAGCUGAAACUCGCGGGCAAUUUGGAGCUGAAAGAAGCUCUGGCAGCCAAGAACUUUGCAAAGCUCCGGUCUCUCUCYGUGCCCUACGCCUACCAGUGCUGCGCCUUUUGGGCUUGUGACUCCUAUUUAAGCUCCAGCGCCGAAGACGCCGCUCACCAAGGCCCAGGUGCCGUGAUGGGUGCUGAGAAAGCUGAUGCAGAUGGCGUAAGAAACGAUGAAAACGAGGAAUUGAGGCAGASUAUUAUUCACUGUACACCACCAACAGGCGCUUUCAAGCCCUGUGAGUAUUUGCUGGGCAGCUGGAUGAUUCGCCUCACGGUCUGGUUCAUUUUUGUGGUGGCUUUGGUCUUCAACCUGCUCGUCCUGCUCACCGUGUUUGCCUCUUGCGCUCCCUUGCCRCCCUCCAAGCUCUUCAUAGGCCUCAUCUCCGUCUCCAACCUCUUCAUGGGCGUCUACACCGGGAUCUUAACCUUCCUGGACGCCGUCUCCUGGGGACGAUUUGCCGAGUUCGGCAUCUGGUGGGAGACGGGCAGCGGCUGCAGAGCCGCCGGCUUCCUGGCCGUGUUCUCCUCGGAGAGCGCCGUUUUCUUCCUGACGCUGGCGGCCGUCGAGCGGCGCGCCCCGGCGGCGCCGGCGCCCUCGGACGACGCCGACGAGGACGACUCCUUCGUGUCGGACAGCUCGGAGCAGGUGCAGGCGUGCGGGCGCGCGUGCUUCGCGCACAGCCGYGGCUUCCCGCUCGUCCGCUACGCCUACAGCGCGCCGCGCGCCGCAGACUGA